GUUUCAAACUGUUGUCAAGCCUGGAUUAUAUUUUAGAUAGUUAGCCAUGUGCUAUAUUUUAAUUAACCACCAGUUGGCGUUGCUAUAUGUAUAGCUAAUGUAGAAUUUCUUUAUAUACUGAAAAGAUAGUUACAAGUGAGGUCGAAUUAGUCGAAUGGAUGAUGUUGGGAUUAAUUUGACGUUGGCAAACUUCAAGUUAGCUUGCUAAUGCUAAUUCUCAUUAGCAUUACUAAUAUAUCAAGGACUUAAUGCUGGUUUGACAGAACUUGGUGGCUAUUUUUGCUGCAAUGACUGCGCAGUUCUUGGAGAGCAGUCCCAAGAUUUCCGCAGGACAGCAAAGUCAAGUGAGAGACUGGGUUGUUUUACGCACAACCCCAAACGUUUACAACCACAGCGAUUUAACUCACAGGAUGUCCCAAACCAAGCUACUGUUCAAUGAAGCUAUCCCUGCAAGUGCUAGCAACCGUGCCACCCAUGUACGCCCACCAGCCCCCAUUGUGAUCGAGAGGCUGCUGCCGCUGUCGGAGGAGCGUGAGAGGGUGGACAGCGCCCGAAGCUCCAUCAGCUUCACCACCCUCUCUGAGGAGAGACUGCGCACUGCGGUUCAGCUGGCCAAGCGAGAUCUGAGACGAAGGCGCCUCAAAACACUGAUAGAAUCCCCUGCCAGACCAUCCCAGGAGGCCACCUCCACCCUUGAAACAAGUGAUGUAGUUCUGCUUCAGGAACUUGCAGCCACUCCAAAUAAGUUAAAGGCCUCUAGUCCAAAGGAAAAAAUGGCCCAACCUGGAGCCAAGCUGUCUGUGCUCACAUCCCAGAAGCAUCCCAUUUCUCCCAUGCCUUGCAUUGGCCAGUCACCCCCAAACAGAGACCCUGGCCCUGGAGCCAAACAGACUUCUCUAAGCCAGGAGAUCCACAAGCUGCAACAUGAGCUGGAAGUGUAUAUUCAAAAAGUAGAAGAGCUAGCCAACAGAGGAGAGAAAAUAGAGGAGCCACUAGAGCCUGAAGAGCAAAACAAGUUGGAGAUACGCAGAGAGAAGCAGGCAGCUCGCUCAGCACGUGUCAUCUAUGUCCUCCAACAACAGGUAAAAGAGAUACAAGGAGAUAUAGAGAAACUACGAAGCCAGAGAACGUGGGACACCAAAAAGUCCACAGCAAUAAACAGGCUUGCAGCCGCCCACCGAGGGGCACUCAGGGCCUUACAGGUUGUUAUCCACCAGCUUUCAGAUCUAUCUCUUGUCAAAGUACCCCCUUAUUGCAAAGAGCUGGGCCAGCUGAUUCGCCAGCUCUCUUUGUGCUCAGCCAAAGUUGAAGUAAAACAGGGUUCAGCUGUGCCUGGGAAGGCCCUUGAAAUUCUGCAGAAACUAGAGACUUUGGAUUCUGUCCUCAGUAAACAAGACAUGCUGGAAAAGUUGCAGGCCCAAGCAUGUCCUCCACACAGGAAGUCUCCUCAUCGCAGCAUGUCACCAACGAGAGCACCCAAAGGUCCCAGCACCUCAUCUGUUCGAGGACCUCGCAAACCCAGAAAUCCCAAAAGAGUGGUCCAUGCAGGUAGGAGAAUGGCAUCGCAGAAGCCCCAAACCACUUCCCACCAGCCCUUGAACAGAAGAGAGGUGCUCAGGGCUGGCCUGGAGAGCCUUGCCCAACAGAGGGAGCUGCGAGAGCUGCAGAGACGACCUCAGAAAAACACCGUCUGCAGAAAAGGGGGAGCUCUGCACUCUGAGAGAAGCAAGGCUGACUUUAUAAUGAAGCGUAAUCAGAUACAAGAUGCAGGUUUCCGGCAGCCUACAGUCUCCUCUCAGCUCAGAGUGAACCAGCUCCCUCAAAAAGAGCACUCCGUGCCCUGGAUACCUACAUCCCCUCACUCUCCUCCUCCACAGCGCAGAUCCCCUCAAAGGAGAGGACCAGAGCCUCGAUGUCUCUUCUCUCCUGUAAAGCCCUCAGUCAGUCCUCCGAAACAGAAGGUGGCCAGUGGUUUGGCAGCAGAGCAGCCGGCCUUGAGCUCAGACAAGAAGGAACAAGCUCAGAAUGAAGCAUUAAGGAAAGCCUGGCUGGAUAAGAUGACGAUGCAGAGACUAAAAGAGCUCAACCAGCUGAGUAGAGAAGAGGCUGAACGCAUUCAGACAUUAAGGUCUGAAGUUGUCUCGCCAACUCAGUGGGCUGAGAGAGCUGAGCAGAAGGCCAGAGAGAGAAUUCAGCCCCUCCUGGAUGAAGCACAACAGAUUGGUGAGUCCAGGAACAGGAUGAGCUCUUCACUGAGGAAUCGCCUGUCUGAGCAGGCUGCAGAGAGGGCAGCAGAGAGUGCUGAGCAGCUGAGUGAGGCGCUGCUGGAAGAUCUGUUGGAGGACACUGCACGGGCGGCGUGGGCGGCUGAGGCAGACAGACAGUUGGAGGGCAUGGCUCAGAGUAGGCUGCAGGCCCCCACCCUGGAGUCUAUGCUGCUUCGUAUGGAGGAGAUACAGAGAGAUCAGGAGGAAGUGAGGAGACGGUUUGCCGCUAUCACCUAUUCAGACCCUCUUUAUUGGGACCAAUCAGGAACAGCAGGACCCCAGUGCAAUGCUCCGGGCUCCAGGCCAGCCUCUCCUCAACCAAUUAGGCUCACAAGGCCAGUGCUGAGGCAGAGCUCUGCAGCUGAUAUUGUCCUAGAGAAACCUGUGGAGACUGGACACAGCACCCUCUCGGAGAACAGCCUGACAGAGGAGGCAUCCCAGGAUGAACUGCAGCCCAGACGCAGUGUCAUGUUCCCAGGCCCAGUCGAGCGAAGCAGGGGGACUGUUAUCUCUGUACCAGGCAGCAUGCUAAGAAACAUCCGACGGUACCGGGAAGACUACGAGGCCUACCUGCGCGUUGUGGCUCACGAGGCUGUUGGCAGCUUCAGCCCCUGGGCCGUGGCAGACAGCCUGGCAGAUGAGCUACUGUCGGAGGCUCUGGCUGACGUGGCAGCAGAGUUUCAGGAUGUCGUGGAGGAAUACGCCGAGGCCGUCUUCACCUCAGAGUUUCUUCAGCCGAUCCAGUCGCCUCCUGCUUCGACUGCGGCUUUGAGUCAGCGUAUGGCAGCUGGUUUAUAUUCUGUUGCUACUGACCAACUGAAUCCAGCAUAAUAAUGGUGUAAAAUGUCAGUUCUGAAU